AUGGCCCCUCCCAAGCGCGCUUUGUUCUCUCUAAACCUCGAUACCGACGCCGACCACGUGUACCAGAAAGUCGAAGACCACAGCAAGGACGGUACAGAUAGAGCUAAAGUCAUUGAAAGCAAAGGGCCGACACACGGACAUACGGAUCUGAGCUACGUGACGAAACCGUUUGAGAAGACAGUCAAUCGCGCGGUCAACGAGGUCAUUGAAGGAAGCGGACGGAAAGUACAUUCCGCAGAGGGUCACGUAUCGUAUUCCACAAACAGAACGGAACGACGAAGCGGCGGAUCAAGAAAUCAGGACGACGACGAAGAACGCGAUCGAAGCCAACCUCCCUACACGCACGCAACGCGUCACACAUCAGCAUCCACCAUGUCAUCAGACCAGCAGCCCCUCCGCAUAGCCAUUGGCUGCGACGACGCGGGCGUCUCGUACAAGAAAGCCAUCAUCAAAGACCUCGAAGCCGACUCGCGCAUCGCCUCCGUGACCGACGUUGGCGUACCUGAAAACAGCGACAAGACCGCAUACCCGCACAUCGCCGUUGAUGCGGCCAAGCUUGUCGCAGAAGGCAAGGCAGACCGCGCUGUUCUCAUUUGUGGCACUGGUCUUGGUGUUGCCAUCUCUGCGAACAAGGUGCCUGGUAUCAGGGCUGUAACGGCACAUGACUCCUUCUCGGUGGAGCGCGCCAUCUUGUCGAACGAUGCACAGGUGCUUUGCAUGGGUGAGCGAGUUAUUGGCAUUGAACUUGCGAGGCGGUUGGUGAAGGAGUGGGUUGGAUACCGGUUUGACAAGGGCAGUGCGAGUGCGAAGAAGGUACAGGCUAUCAUGGACUAUGAGAAGCAGAACUAUGCGGGUUUGGUCAAAGACCAAGCGGACGCGAAGGGUUGUUAG